AUCUUGUUUCAGUUUGACAAGUCAAACUAACAACAGUAGCAAAUAUACCAAUCACAAGUACUAUAUCCAAAUCCAACAAUUAUUGUUUUACGACAUUCUCAUUUACUCCAGAAAUUUCAAGAAUCUGCUUUCUGUUUCUGUGGCCACCCAAUAUAAAUACAAAACAAUUUGAUCAAACAAACCAUAAUACAUAAUCUUAAAACAUAUUAUCUCAAUAUAAUCUUAGAAUGUCUCUUUUACAGUCUCUGCUCUCCCUGCAACGCAGCGUUUUGGACCCUUUGAAUGCCCAGAUGAACUGGAAGGAAACUUCUGAUGCCCACGUGUUCGAAAUCGAUCUUCCGGGGCUGAAAAGAGAGGACGUGAAGCUUGAGAUUCAUGAAGAUCAUAAAGUUGUGUAUGUGAGCGGGGAGAGGAAGGAAGAGGAUGGAGAAGUAAAAGGUGAGAGGUGGCAUUGUAGGGAGAGGACAAGUGGCACCUUCUGUAGACAGUUUCGGUUGCCUGAGAAUGCAAAAGUGGGAGAAAUCAAAGCUUCGAUGAGUGAUGGAGUUUUAGUGAUUAGGGUACCAAAGGAAGAGGAGUUGAAGAAGAAAACGAUGAAAAAGAAGGCAGUACAGAUUGAUGCUCCCAAAGGGUUAGGCCGAUUUGUUUGUUGCAAGGCUUAGAGGUUAAUUAUUUGAUUUGUGUUAUAUGAAUAUAAAUAUGAACAUGGAUACAUAGGCAUAUUUGGUAAAAUGUUUUUCUUUUUUGAUAAAUUUCAGUCACACAUAGCUGUGAGUGGUAUUGGUAAAAUAUUGUAAAUACAGGGUCGUGUUGAAGUUUGAAAGUCUGGGGCUUGUUUGUUCCAAAUAUGUAAGGUUUUUCUUCUUCUUUA